CCUGGGAAGAGAGGAGACACAAACAAGGUACAGCAAGCAUCCCUCUGCAGUUCUCUUCGUUCUCCUUCAAGGUCGUCGGAGGUCAUACAAAGCUCCAUCGCUUAUUUUGAAUUUCUUUUCUGCAUUAAGCCAGCUAGCUUGCCCACCCGCUGUGGGGUAGCAGCGAACCUUGGCGACGAUCUGCUCCAGUUUCUGCUUGGUGAUCUUCCUGGUCAGGACGCCAGGUAUGCUUGUGCUGCUUCAGUUCUUCAACACAAGUAUAAGAACAUGGCGUCGUUUCUUUAAACAAAUGGUAUAGACUUGGCGUUUCUUUUGCCUAAACCGAGUGAAGACCAAUUCAAAGCAGCCCUUGAGCAAUAGCAACCGGGUCAACAAUAACCUUUGUAGCCUGUCCACUUCUGAACGCCCAUUUUUAAAAAUUCUUGUCAUCUUGCCAUCAGCACAAAACAAAUUCUCAAUGGGUUUAUUCCAUCGUGUUGGUUGUUGCACAUCUCACUUUCUUCUACCGUCAGUCCGUCACCAUGUUCAGCACCCCCACAUUACUCUAUUUAUAUGCUCUCUACUCUCUCAGUUUGCUCCUACAGUAAUCAUAGACAAGCUACUUAUACAACAUAUGGCAAUGUCCAAGACAGAGAGCAGAAAGUUGUCCGAUGACUAUGAAGUUGCGGAUGUUCUAGGCCGAGGCGGGUUCUCGAUAGUGAGGAGAGGAGUGAGCAAAUCAGAGGGGAAGACCCAGGUCGCCAUAAAGACCUUGCGAAGGCUUGGCCCAGCCAUGAACGGGAUGCAGCAAGGGUCAAAGGGUGGCCUUCCGAUGUGGAAGCAGGUAUCCAUCUCUGACGCCUUGCUCACCAACGAGAUUCUCGUCAUGAGGAGGAUAGUUGAGAACGUCGCACCACAUCCCAACGUCAUAGGCCUGCAUGAUGUGUAUGAGGAUGCGCAUGGCGUGCACCUGAUCCUGGAGCUGUGCUCUGGUGGUGAACUGUUUGAUAGGAUAGUGGGGCGUGACCGGUACUCGGAGUUCGAUGCAGCAGCUGUCAUUCGUCAGAUUGCUAGGGGAUUGGAGGCUCUUCAUAAGGCAAACAUCAUACACAGGGACUUGAAGCCAGAGAACUGCCUCUUCUCCGACAAGAAUGAAGAUUCCACGUUGAAGAUCAUGGAUUUUGGUUUAAGUUCUGUCGAAGAUUUCAGCGACCCAAUUGUGACUCUGUUUGGGUCGAUAGAUUAUGUUUCGCCAGAAGCUCUCUCGAGGCAAGAUGUUUCAGCUGCAAGUGAUAUGUGGUCUGUUGGUGUAAUUCUAUAUAUCCUAUUAUCUGGAUGCCCGCCAUUUCAUGCACCAACCAAUCGAGAAAAGCAGCAAAGGAUACUGCAAGGAGAAUUCAGUUUCCAGGACCAUACAUGGAAAACAAUAUCUUCAUCAGCGAAAGAAUUGAUUUCCAGGCUUCUUUCUGUUGAGCCUUACAAGAGGCCAACAGCAAGUGAUCUUCUGGGGCAUCCUUGGGUGAUUGGAGACUGGGCAAAGCAAGACCUCAUGGACGCAGAGGUCAUAUCAAAGCUGCAGAGGUUCAAUGCUAGAAGGAAACUGCGGGCAGCAGCAAUCGCAAGCGUCCUCAGCAGCAAGGUGGCGUUGAGGACAAAAAGGCUGAGGAACCUUUUGGGAACACAUGACCUGAGCUCAGAGGAGCUAGACAAUCUGCGGGCUCAUUUCGCACGAAUAUGCGCGGACGGCGAGAACGCGACGCUGGCGGAGUUCGAGCAGGUGCUGAAGGCGAUGAAGCUGGAGUCGCUGGUCCCUCUGGCGCCGCGCGUGUUCGACCUGUUCGACAACAACCGCGACGGCACUGUGGACAUGAGGGAGAUCCUGUGCGGGCUGUCCAGCCUCCGCAACUCCCGCGGCGACGACGCGCUCCGGCUCUGCUUCCAGAUGUACGACGCCGACCGGUCUGGGUGCAUCAGCAAGGACGAGCUGGCGUCGAUGCUGCGAGCGCUGCCCGAGGAUUGCCUGCCGGGAGACAUCACGGAGCCCGGGAAGCUGGACGAGGUGUUCGACGAGAUGGACGCCAACGGCGACGGCAAGGUGAGCUUCGACGAGUUCAAGGCGGCGAUGCAGAAGGACAGCGCGCUCCAGGACGUCGUCCUCUCGUCCCUCCGGCCGCCGGCGCCGGGGCAGUAGUAGAUGUAGACGGAGCGAGAGGAGAUUCAGUCCAGUCCAGCAGCUCGUUCCCUUCCCUUCCCUUCCCUUCCCUUCCCACGAGAACACCAACACAACACCAUUGAAUUGAUCAUCAAGUACGGCACUGUACGGAGUAUUAUAGCAUCAUCAAUCCAAAUCAUGGCAGAACUUUUCCUUUUUCUGUCCCGUUGUCCGGCGGAAACGCACGGGCCAGCUGGGCCGGCUGUAGUACUAGCUGCAGCCCGCAGGCGAUGAUGGGAGGGGAUUGAAGGUGGGCUGGGCCGAAACAAAAUAAAAUGUAGGAAAACGUGAGAGGCCAGCUGGGCCAGCGGUUGGCACGGUCCUACUCCAUCGUCACCCAGAGACAGCGUGUGUAUGGGUGGUCUCGUCGUAAGUCGUAACCGUAAUAAUUUUUUUUAGAAUUCGAAAAAAAA